AUGUCAACAAAGCAAUCAAAAAAAGUUGUACCCGAAAAAAAAGAUCAAACUAAACGUCCACCAACUCGAUCUCGUCUUGUCUUCGAAGAACCACAUAUAUUUCGUGUUAAAAGUGAACGUUUACUUUCACAUUUACAAGAAAGUCGUGAAUAUCUUCCAUGUGUUGCUUGUUUAAAAGAAUCUGAUCGACGACAAGAAACAUUCGAUCGACCACAUUCAUCUUAUAUUCGUCAACAAUCAACUCGACCACGAUCAUCUGAACAGCGACCAUCAACAGGAAUUAAAAAGAAGCAUUCUCCUUCACCACCAACACCAGCUGAUUUAGAACGAUUAAGUCGACCAAAAGCAUUUCCACCAGAACAAAUAUCACACAAUUGUAAUUGGAAUAAUUUUAUUCAGAAAAAAAGUAAAUACGCUGUUAAAACACCUUAUGCUCAAUGCAAUGUAACAUUUGAUCAAGAGUAUUCAGAAAUUCGUCCACCAUUUGUUAAUUAUGGUGGACGCUAUGAUGACAAACAACAUGGAGAAAAACGAACAUUUAAUUCAUUAGCUAUUCAUCAACUUAAACAUCAUGAAGUGGAAGAACAACGCUUAGCAGAUUUACUUCAUGAACGACGUCUUCGUCUUCAAGCAAAAAUUUAUUUUCGUGAAAUGGAAGAACGAAACGCUCGUGCACAAGAAUUACGUGAUCGUGCAGCACGUGCUUCAACUGAAUAUCGAGAUAAUUAUAGACCACCACAAGAUUAUAAUGGUACAGGAACAUUUUCUCGACAUUAA